AUGAUGAUUCAAAACGUUGAGGUUGAUUACGCAAAGAAAAUGCAAAGAUGUCACGAAUACGUUGAAGCUCUCGAAGAAGAACAAAAGAAAAUCCAAGUCUUUCAACGUGAACUUCCUUUAUGCUUAGAGCUCGUCACACAAGCGAUCGAGGCGUGUCGGAAGGAGUUAUCAGGAACGUCGACGACGUCGGAGCAAGUUCACGGCGGACAAUCGGACUGUUCGGAGCAGACGACGAGUGCUUGCGGCGGUCCCGUCUUUGAAGAGUUUAUUCCGACUAAGAAGAGCGAGGAGGAAGACGGCGAACAUGAUGAGUCGUCUCCUGAUGAAACUGGGAUUGAUGAUAAUAGCAACGUUGAUAAGAAGAAAUCGGAUUGGCUUAGAUCUGUUCAGUUAUGGAAUGAUCCGUCGGAGCCGGAUCUAAACCCGAAAGAGGUUUCGAAACCCGAACGUGUAGUGGUAGCAGCAGUAGCUAAGAAGGCGAAAGUGGUUGAGGUGAAACCGAACAACAACUGCGGCGCGUUUCAGCCGUUUCAAAAGGAGAAAAAACGCGUUUUUACGGAGGAGACUGAUGUACAGCCGGCGGUGAAAGCGGCUAGAUUGACGCCGGUGCCGGCGCCGGCGACGACGACUAGUUCCACGACGGAAACCGGCGGUGGUGAACGUGAUUCGGAUAAAGCGGGAGAGGAACAGAUACAGCUGCAGAACCAAUCGCAAACGCAUAGGAAACAGAGACGGUGCUGGUCGCCGGAGUUACACCGGCGGUUUCUUCACGCGCUUCAACAGCUCGGAGGAUCUCAUGUUGCUACACCGAAACAGAUCAGAGAUCAUAUGAAAGUUGAUGGAUUAACAAAUGACGAAGUUAAAAGCCAUUUACAGAAAUAUAGACUUCACACAAGAAGGCCAGCGACGUCGGUGACGGCGCAAAGUAACGGAAACUCGCAACAACCGCAAUUCGUGGUGGUCGGAGGGAUAUGGGUGCCGUCGCCGCAAGAUUUUACUCCACCGGCAGAUGUAGCCAAGAACGGUGGUGUUGUAUACGCUCCGGUGGCAACGCAACCACCACCACUUCCACUACCACCGCAAUCUCCUAAGCGUUCGGUGGAGAGAAGUAGUGGCCGUUGCAACUCGCCGGCGGCAUCUUCCUCUACGAAUACAACCACAACUUCUUCACCUGUGGCAUAG